AUGGAUGAGCCAAUUUUCAAACUUCCAGAAAUAAUUGACAACGAAAAUGGCUGGGGUCCUUCCCCUGCGAUGUUACCGGAAAAAUUUCGAGAUAUACCAUAUGCACCUUAUAGUAAAGCUGACAAACUAGGUCGGAUUGCUGAUUGGUCUACGCCAGAACAGAAAGAAAAGGAGACAACCGGAAGAGCAAGAGCUAAUUAUCGCUAUCGAGCUCAUGGCAAACUUGUGCAUUUUAUCCAGAUAUUAAUGGUUCGACCUUUUGUCUGUACGGUAGAUCAAUAUACAGCGUACGGUUAUGGUGCUUCUAGUGCCUUUUCUUACACACAUGCUGAGGACGAAGCUUCCUUUUCUGUCGUGGAUAAUCGUUCAGCUGCUCAAAAGAAGGGUUCAUAUAGAACCACCGGAGGCACAAAGGUAUUGAGUCAUAAAGAAAGAACUUCUGGAAAUAAAACAGCUGCUGCCAAUGUUAAAAGACGAUUCGGCUGGAAAGAUUAUGAUAAGCCCCAGCGUGCACGUGAUGCGUCAGUUAACGUUGGUCCUGAGUGGCAAGUACUUGAAGAAAUUGAAUUCAAUCGGUUAUCAAAAUUAAACCUGGAUGUGGACGAAGGCGAAGAUAUGUAUCUUGCAAAGGAUGAUGAAGCUACAAUAUUUGCCACGGAUACUAUUUUGAGUCUAUUAAUGUGUGCUCCGAGGUCUGUAUAUCCAUGGGAUAUAGUUAUCAAUCAUUACGUUACCGUUAAUGAAAAUGCUGCAGAUCCACCGAUUGAAACCGGAGAUAAAGAUAACAUCAAUUCACCCGUUGCUCUUUCAAUGGAAGCAACGAUCAUUAAUCAUUGCUUUGCUAUGCAAGUAGUUAAUGAGUCAGAAAAGUAUGAAUUUGAGAAACCAAAUCCUUUUGCUAGUUCUGAUGAUUUAGAAUUUAUGGCACCAUGCGCUUAUCGCUAUCGUCGGUUCGACCUCGGGAUUAGCGAAGAAGAAGACGUACGUCUUAUUGUUCGUACGCAGUUAGAUUCGGCUGUAAAAACUCCUGCAGGUGACGAUUCAUAUAUCACCAUAAAAGCUUUGAAUGAAUUCGAUUCUCGUUCUCAAGGUGCAGGUGGAGCAUUAGAUUGGCGGCAAAAAUUAGACACACAGCGAGGUGCCGUUGUUGCUACUGAAAUGAAAAAUAAUAGUUGUAAAUUAGCUCGAUGGGCAGUUCAGAGCAUUUUGGCUGGUGCAGAUCAGAUGAAAUUAGGAUAUGUUUCGCGCGCUAGUCCAAAAGACAAUCGUCGUCAUGUGAUAUUGGGCACACAAUAUUAUAAACCUCGGGACUUUGCCGCGCAAAUGAAUAUGUCAGUUUCUAACGGAUGGGGUAUUGUGCGAACUGUUAUAGAUCUUUGUAUGAAGUUACCAGAGGGCAGAUAUGUAUUACUUAAAGAUCCAAACAAGCCUGUAGUUCGUCUGUAUUCUGUUCCUCCAAACACUUUUGAAGUGGAAGAUACCCUUGAUGAAGGAGAUGAAUUAGAGGAGGAUGAAGAUGAUUUAAUUGAGACAAGAUACAUCCGCCAGGUCUACG